AUGGCUCUGCGCCAAGGCUUGCUCUUAAGUAGCCUGAAGGAGGAAGCCUUGUUGAUGCUAAAGGCUGGGUUGUGCGUUGAGGAACAGGGGGCAUCCUUGGCAGAUCGUGACUCUCGCGCAUUGGAGUCCGUGUCCAACCGUGUGGAGCUUGUGAAGAUGGUUGAAGACGCUCGUGUGAAAGGUGCCAUGGAGGCAAUCGGGCUGCACGACCAGGGUGGAGUGUUGGACCUGCAGCUGCCACUGGGGGCUGAGGCCAUGAUCUCACGUCCUGGCAUCCUAGCGGUUCACAACCUGGUGGACAUCAACUGCAAGAUCCUGCGCGACAUGGAAAGCCAGCUCAUCAUCCGGGCGGGCUUCAUCGCAGGAGUCUUCCACACCUGGCGCUUCCAGGCCAACCUGAUGAAGACCGGGCGCCAGUUCGAGGAGCACUUCCAUGACAUCCAAGACCAGUGGACGGCAGAGCUGGAUGCGCACAGGCAGCGGUUCGACGAUCAGCUGGCCGAAGCGGCAGAGAAGGCGGCGGCCCACAAGGAGCACGUGCGACAGCAGCAUGAUCUGCUCCUUCGGCAAUGGCAGAUGGGAGACGCGAAAGGCUUGUUCAGCUCGAUUUACAAAGCCUGGGCGCAGUACGUGGCGAAGGAGAAGAUGCGCCGCCGAAGUGCCGCCAACAUCCACAAGGUCUGCUACGAGUGGGUCGAGGGAAAGAACAAGGGACUCAAGCACAGCUGCUUUGCUGCCUGGUUCCACGAGCACCUCGCAGGAUCUCUUGCCCGAAGACGUGAAGAGGAGUUGGAGAAGGCGGGGCCGUGCACAGGGUACUGGGAUCUGCGCGCGGGAACGAACCGUGUGGCCGACGUGGCCGACCUCCCUCUGCCCAGUUCGCCCGCCAGCGACGCUUUGUGGUUCAACUGA